CGGGUCAACUGCCCGACCGACCGGCCACAGACUGCGAAACUCGCGAACGACGUUGAUCCGAGUCGCGAACACUCAGCAGUGACUCGCAAACGGCCUGCGUGGAGGGUUUCCAAAGAUGUUGAGCGAGUGCGAUGCUGCCGACUGCAAACGUCGCUCGAUGGCAAAUCAUCAUCAUCAUCAAGGCGGCGGCGGCGGCCGUCAUCGAGAUGCUGCCCGCGCCGAGCGUCGCUCUGCCGCAGAGUUUCCCCGCCGGGUUCGCAUCUGCGACCGGGGCCCCCUUCUGCCCCGCGGGCUACAGGCGGGCGGUCGCUGCCCCCGGGGCGCUGUGCUGCCCUCCGGGCCUGAACCCGCUCGCGCACCUGCCCUUCUCAAAAUGCACGUGCGGCAUCUCGACAGGCUUCUCCUCGGCGGGUUCUCUGUGCCCCGUGGGCUCCUCCACCGUGCUGCCCGGGUGCCACCUGGACGUGGAGACCCUCUCGCGCCUGGAGCUCACCCUCCUGGGGCAGCUGCAUCGGCGCAAGCGACGCCACCGCACUAUCUUCACGGGCGAGCAGCUGGGCGCCCUGGAGGAGCUCUUCCAGCAGACGCAGUACCCGGACGUGAACCUGCGCGAGCAGCUCGCGAGGCGCGUGCACCUGCGGGAGGAGCGAGUCGAGGUGUGGUUCAAGAACCGGCGCGCCAAGUGGAGGAGGACAGAAGCGCGCGUCCUCAGCGUCCUCCGCAGAACCGCCGCCGCCACCACCGCCGCAGCAGUUGCAGCAGCAACAGCAGCAGCAGCAACAGCAGCAGCAGCAGCAGCAACAGCAGCAGCCGCAACAGCAGCGGCAGCAGCAGCAGCAACAGCAGCAGCAGCAGCAACAGCAGCAGCCGCAACAGCAGCGGCAGCAGCAGCAGCGGGCGAGCGGCGAGGGCCCCGAGGCGACGCUGCUGGACGCGGUCGCGGCGACGAAGGCGGCCGCGGUCAGAGAGAGCGACAGCGACACCGACAGCUUCUGAGUCAGAGCCGCGGCUAAGACACUGCGGGGUUCUCCAAGCGACCUCGACUACCGGCCAGCAACAUCACAAACCCUCACCACCACCAACAACCACCACCACCAACCACCACCACCACCAAUCCCCACCACCACCACCACCAACCCCCACCACCACCAACCCACACCACCACCACCAACCCCCACCACCAACCACCACCACCAACCCCCACCACCCUGCACCACCACCACCACCACCAACCCCCACCAAUACCAACUCCCACCACCACCCACCACAACCAACACCACCACCACCACCAACUACCACCACCACCCUCGCACCGCCUGCUGCUGUUGUGCCGGCACCGACCCCACCACAAGUUGAUGUAACGGUGGCUGCUCCUGGCGGCCCGGUCAUCUCUUCCCGCAGCUCUCGCUGCUUCGUGCCGGGGGGCUCCUUCGGGGGGGGGGGGGUGCCCGGGCCUGCGGGUCAGCCCGGCCCCCCCUGCCCCUUGCCACGGAGCGCACUGACGCCUCGUGGGACGUGGGAUGCAGCAGGGGCUGAAGCGGCAACAGUAGCAGCAGCAGAAUUAAUCGACGGCAUCAUCAUCAGCAGCAGCAAUUGCAGCGACUCCAGCAGCAGCAGCGGCGGCCGUAUUAAUAGCGGAAGCAUCAGCGGCAACAGUGACGGUUGCAAUAGCAUCAGGAGAAACAACAUUUACAGCAAUAUCAUCAUCAUCAGCAGCAGCAUCAGCAGCAACAGCAGCAGGACUAGAAUCGCCAUCGUCAUCAUUUUGAGAAACGAUCACUUUAAGACGCUUUUAAAAUGCAGAUUGCAAACGGCAACUAGCAUCGUAAUCAUCGUCAUCAUCAUCAUCAUCCGCAGCAUCAACAGCAUCAUCAUCACGUUCAUCAUCGUCGUCAGCAUUAUCAUGAAGCGCUAUCGGUUACGCAACGGAGUAUAAUCUCGUGUUCAUCACCACUCCGCACCACUCACGGGCUCAAUCGCUCCAGGCACUCAUUGAACACGUGUGUGUGUGUGUGGCUCAUAACGACGCUCACAACAACGAGCGGAGCACCGGGCGGUUAAAACACAUCGAGGAAGCGCUGUUGGGGAGCCAUCUCAGUCAGUCAUUGCACUUGGGUCUGUCUCGUGACCUCCUGCCAGCGAGCCUUUCACAUCACCGCCACUUAGUGGCGACUCGCGGCUGCUGGCAACGAUGAUCCCACCACGCACAUCCUCGUACGAGUCUGCAGACGACGGCGAGCGACAAGGCUUUCAUUUCAGCCGGCACACCACGUUCAGUAAACCUACCGCUGUGAAUGUGGCUGCUCAUCACGGUGCCACUUUCCCCGUCUAAAACCAGUGGAACUUACUAAGUGAGAAUUCAAUUCUUGCUGCGGCCCAAGCAACUUAAUUGCUAAAAACGAAACCGUUUUUAUUUUACUACAUAAGGCCCCUUGAGCUAUGGAGCUCCCUGUCACAAGCGAUCUGGCCACAACUGAUAUCUCAACGAAGUGGCUUAUCACGUGGACAUUGAUAGUUGCCAAAUACUUUAAACGCGUGAUGUUUAUUCUAAAUAAGGAGGGAAAACCCCCAGAGGACCUGGAGAAAAAUCCACGCGACCACGGGGAGAACACGCAAACUCCAAAUGUGCAGCAGCAGGCGUCAGGGUCGGGUUUGAACUCAUGUCCAGGCGAGGUAGUUAACAUCUCGCUGCCGUGUUGCCGGCGCCACAACAAAUGGUACCACACUACCGCGUUGCCAUUGGGGCACAAUCAACAACAACAUCAACAACAACAACAACACUCAACACGUCCGUCAAUAACACCGUGUGUGGCCUUCAAAGGAAAACAAACACGUGGUUGGCGGCGAUUGGGGUACUUACAUCAAACGUGGUCCUUCCAACUGCAAAACUUAACAUCAACUCUGCCUCUCCACUGUACUGACAUCGACUAUAUUUUGGGACCUCCUUUGCCAGUACCAAAAUAUACUAAUAGGGGUUUCUCCUUUUUUCUGGCAACAAAACUGACACCUUUU